AAUGUUACAAUGCUCCAGUGACCUCGGUGUGAGGAUGCGAUUGGCUUGCUUAUUCCUCGAGAGAUUGUAUGAUGUCAUGGUGCCACCUAGUAAAAGGUGGCAGCAGGAGUUUGAAGUUAGAAUUCAACAGGAGGCCCCUCGGUAACCUUCCAGAGACAGCGCCGCGCCUCACACACCCGGGCCGCCCCGGACCAUAACAACGGCACAAAGUAUGCAGGACAAGGGGAGUAAGAGCAAAUGCGACGAUUUUCCAGAGCUUUACUCAGAUAUAACUUCCGUGAGCUCCACUGCAGAUGUCGACGGCCCCUACAAGAAGUUUCCUGCGGGCCCCAGGAACAGCUCUUUGCUCACUCCAGCUCACUAUCCGACCCCGGCUCGCAGGCGCCAUCGCACCACCUUCAGCCAAGAGCAGCUGGAACAUCUGGAGACUGCGUUCAGCAAGAACCACUACCCUGAUAUCUACUGCCGGGAGGAGCUGGCCAAGAUCACCAAGCUCAACGAAGCUCGCAUUCAGGUGUGGUUUCAGAACAGAAGAGCUAAACACCGUAAGCACGAGAGAGCCGUGCAGAAGCCUAUGCCCCCCGCUGUGAUCUCAGCCUGCAGCAGCCUGAUGUCGGGGUUGUGUCCAGUGAGCACGUCAGUGCGCCAGUACCAGUACCCCCACACCAUCAACCACCUCCCGCGCUUCUCCUCCAUGGCAGCAGCGAGCUACGGGCCACCCCCGUCCGUCAGCCAGUUUAGCUGUGCCAGCAGCCACCCCCACCUCCCACCAGCCGCAGUCCCGCCCAGGCAGCAUGAAGAUUGGUACAGCCCCCUGCGCGCCAUCAGCUCCCCCUCAUCCAUGCUCUCCCUGCCCCCCAUGCCAGGCUUGGACCACCCCUCCCACUGGAAUUAAAACCGGCUUCAAGACAGCCUCCCUCUUCCCUUUACCUCCCAGCUGAGUUUUGUGAAGCCUCCAAUUUUACAAGCUUAAAAUUCACUGUAAAUUUCCACUACUGGUAAAACCACACUAAACUGAAUUGCAUUUGUUAAGUGGCUUUUUGAUUUAUUUAAAAGGGAAAUGCAAUGAGACAGUCAGCCUGCCAGCCUUGUGCUUGUGCUACAAUGUAAAUAAAAUAAAGAAAUGCAUCCAUAUAGAGAAAGAGCUUUGCACUUGCACCUCUUAAAAAUACCUUUUACUUAAUGGAAUAGGGCUUGGAGCACAGCAUGAACAUACUGUUGAGUUAAGUUGCUUUUGUGCAGUCUCCUUUUUCUGUUUUACAUUCCUGCUCUAGGUUGUUCUGUUUUAACAAUAUUUUACAUCUGCCGUUUCCCUCGCCUCAGAAACACUUGAUUAGCUCCUUGCUUCUGGGGGACUGGAAAUACUAAUUUAUAUCCUGGGAGUCGGUUUGCAAGGUGUGUAACCCACACGUGCUGCGGCUUAUCUAGACGAUGCUGAAUUUUGGUACUGGCACAGAACAAGCCACUGUGAACAAAACAAAAAAGCCAAUUCUGACUUAUUUUGAUAGAGGAUAGUUAGUAAUCCCCCCCCCCAGACAGCAUUCAACGGCACAAAUUACUGGUGUUUCAUGAGGAACAUAACACAGACAGUCAGACAGAUAGAUAGAUAGAUACACACUGCAUAUUUUACCAAGCUGUUAAUCACUGAGGAAGAAAAGUAUCCCUCCAGGACAAAUAACCCUCUUUGUUUAAUCCAGUUGAGUACCUGGAAGGGCUUAGUGCCUUCCUAUAAAACAGCAAGAGUAUUCACUCUCACUGCUUGAUAAUGCUACAUAGUGCUUUUGUAAGCAGGGUUUAAAUACAAUUCAUUUUUUAAUUAAAAAAAAAAAACGUUUAUGCAAAGUAAAGCUCUGUUAAAUUGCCUCAAUAAAAUGUGUUUGUGUAAAGUAAUUGAACAAAACUUUAAUAAAUCUAUGGGAAUGACAUAAACAUGUUAAAGUGACGAAAACAAAAUUAAACGUAAAAACCUGUUUUCAAGUUUAAUUAGACUGGAUUAGUUUAGUAUACCAGAACAUAGCAAGUAAAGCAUUACAUUAUUACAAAACAGUUGGAUCACACUUAACCAAUUAAAAGUCAGAACCACUGGGCCAGACUCAAAGCAUUAGCAUACUUGUACUGCAGUUCAAAGCAUGUAGCGCCAUGAUUAGAUGAAGACGACAAUGCUGAUUUCACUCUAACCAAAAUCUUACAACCAGUUUUCUUUGCUGCCUGUUAGAACUAGCUGUAAUAUAAUUCAUUUCCAUUUUGUAAUGCUGAAUAUAUUUUUGAUGUUCGUGUGUAUGUUAUACUUUACAAUUUGAAAGAUGCAGACAGAUGUAUUUAUUUAUUUUUUAAUUUGUUAUAAUAGCGCAGUUGACCGAUUAUGCCACUAGGUGUCAUCAAGCACGUUACAAUCGUAUUCGUAUAAACAGUACAGAACAGGCUGUGUAACUGAGGCAGCACAGAGACCUGGCGAUUUCCAAAGACUUAACUCAGAAGUUAAAUAUUGUAUUCUUUGUUUCUUUUAAAGCCUGUUUUGAAGGAGAUUCACAUCAGCUGUUUUUCUUAAUAUACUAUAUAGAAAUGUUGUGAAUAUAUACUUUUUUUUCUCUAUCAAAACAAAAAGAAUAUUCUUUAAAUAGUUCAUGAGCUGAAGCUUUGGGAAUAGGUUCCAGUGUGUUAUAUUUAGGAUGGGGAAUGCUGCUAUUUUUCCCCACCAAUAGUCCUUCAGCUAACUAUCUGCUAGAAACUAAAACUAAAUCAUUGAAACUUUUCAUUGUAUUUUGACAAAAUGUGGAAUUUUGACAAACUUCCCUGCCGACCACUGAACCAAGGUGUUCCGUAACGUGGAAAUUACCAAACAAACACUCUUAGUAAAGAAGUAAAUGCUUGUUCAUAUUAAUAGGAAUAUUUAAUAA